CGACUAUCUUCAUCAUGGCCAAACCCCGCAAUAGCGUUCUCUACAUGUUUGACCCCCUUCAGUCGCCAUCCACUCCCCGCAGAGACUCGUCUUCCUCGGAGCUCAGCGCAUCGGACAAGGAGAACGAUGGUCCAUGCGGGGACGUCACCAUGUUCUUCAAUCGCAUAUGUGCCGCUCAACAGCAACAUGAUGUUCAAGUCUUCACCCCGAAGGGCAAGCUCAUCGAUAUUGGGGACACUCCCGCACCUUUGGGUACGGCUUGGGAUGGUAUGGAGCAUGACGGCAGCGAUGCGGAUGGGGAGCAAUCAGAGAGCGACGCGGAAGGUUGUUCCAUACCCUCGCCACCUCGUAGACCGUUUGCCGAACUCGACGUGGACCAUACGCCCCGCCCUUCAGGCAGCAGUCGACCGGCCAAGGGCUCCAUAUUCGGUAUGACGUCCUCACCUUCCCAGGAUUCAACGCCGCUCCCCGCUAUGCUCGUGCCUGCGCCACAAACAUCGCCGCUUGCGGACGUAGUCAACUCGAUCAACUUCUCCUCUAUGUCUCUCGCGGGAGAACCAAUAACAAUCGAUCGCCGUACCGGCGUCCAUUCUCAGACUCAGGAGGCGGAGGAUUCCGAGAAUGGGCGUGCCUCGUCCCCGUUCCCGGAGAUUAACGUAUGUGCCCCUGAGACGCCUAGUACCGAGGACUACGACAUCUCCGGGAACCACGACGAAAAGCCUGCGAUGAUGACCGCUUCUCACCUCCGACCUACUUCAAGUCUCACACAGCUCUCUCCGGAUGACCCGCGGCGGACGUCCGUCGACCUCUAUUCUUCCUUCCAUCUUCAGAUGCAGUCAGCAGAGAUGUCCUUUGACUUGCUUAACGACAAGAUUUCGUUCUUUGGUCACGGACAAGACUCCUUUUGGUCUGCCGGAGACGAUGCUUUGGAGUUUGACGAGACAGGCCUUCCCCCAGCGCUGAAGGCGAAGGUGGACAAACUCGUCAACUUCACCCAACCUCCCGCCGAGCACACCGAACCCGUGUUUAGCCCGCCUGCCAAGGCUGUCCGGACCCCACGUACUCCUCACAAUACGUCUCUCACGAUAGAGACCGCUAUGAACGUCCCACUCCCCCUCUCUCCGUCCUGGGAGGGUGCGCCAUCACGCGACAUCACCCCGCCUCGACUUUCUCAGCCUGCCCUUGACGAGCAGCCUUCCCCGCCAACGUCUCCUGUUGUCGCCGACGAGCCCUCCCUGAUGCUCGAGUCUGAGCCCCUCCCACCCCC